CGCAUAGUAAAUCAAGCAGUCUGCGAAAAUUAGCACAUAAAAAAAGAACCGCGUAAACGUAUGAAUGCGUAGAAACCAAUUUAAAUUUGUGUAUUUGUGAAAAUUGUUUUGCCGCCUUUUUGGAUAACAAAGCCCUGGGAAUUUAGUUUUUUAAUCUGACAGUCUCCCGCCUUUAUGGGUGGUGUCGAAAUUUAGUUGGCUCGAUUCGCUGGUGUUCAUCUGUUUGUGUUUAAUUUAUAUUUUGUGAUUUAUUUAUAAUUAUAAAAUGGUGCAAAAAGACGAAUUGUAUAAAAGACACAGGGAUUUGUGUGGACAAUUAAACUUGGAGGAACACAUUAUUCAAAGUUCAUGGGACAAGUUCCAAAACAUACAGAAAAAUUUUAGUCUUGAGGAUGAUAUAAUGCAUUGGCUUGGUUGUGCAAUUUUUGAAGCAUGUCAAUCCACAGAAACCACCACAAUGGAUCAUUCUGUGGUUCGAGGCAAUUGCCUGAACUUUACAAGUCUACUCCGACACAGCAAUCUAAGCUUUGUGAAAUUUUUUUUAAAUAUGAACAAUUGGAUUGAAAUGGCAAAAUUGUCCAAUGAAUUUAAGGAACAAAUUUCACAUCUUAAAAGCACUUUUGGUGUGGCUUACAAUACUUUUAAGGAAUUUAAGCAGAUUUUUAACCAGAUUUUUAUCACUCCUGAUCCUCAAGAGCUAGAUCAAAGCAAAACACACAGAAAUAGAAAACAAAGGCCUUUAUCCUGUACAAGUGCAAAAGUGUUCGAAUUCAUUUGGAACCUAUUUAACACCAUAAAAAUGGGAGAACCAAACUAUGGCAGUGAUUUAACCAAAUCCUUUCAUGUGCUUUAUGCUUGUAUUGACCUAGCAUUUAAGAAUGCUUUUGUGUCAGAUCGAAGAGAUAUUUUAAGACCAACAUUUGUUGGUUUACCAGAAGAUUGGACAAACCCAGGCUUUGAAAUGCCUCCUGAAGCACCCUGCAUAAUUAAGUUGCUGUGUAAAUGUGAAAAUUUGCUUACUGAAGCAAUGCACAUUAAAACAUACAGAUUUAGAGAUCAUUUGAAUAAAUUGUUGGCAGAUGAUGUUUUGGUUGGGGCCAAUGAUUAUUUUCUUGGUAUAUUUGAACCAGGAGUUUUUGAACAAAACUCCAAAAACAUCACAAAAGCCUAUGAUAUGCAAUUGUUAAGCAAAGGUGGUUUUGAUGAGAGAAUUUUUAUGGCUGAAUACAGAAGACAAUUAUUAGAACUUCAACAACAAACUCCAGUUUACAGAACAUACAAGGCACACAUGUCAGAACAAGCUGACUUUUCUGUCCUUGAAUCACCCAAAGUGCAACGCGGUAUAUUUCAAACCCCACUGACAGGUCGCAGAUUUCUGCCACCCAAAGAACAUGAAAACGAAGUUACGGACACAUCGCAAACUAUUAUUUAUCUUCAGAAUAUCCUAAGUGGGACCAGGACUGGGCCUAGUGAUAAAUUAUUGCAAUUAUUUGAAUCCUGCACAGAAAACCCUGCAGAUAUAAUAAAACAAAUGACAAACAACAUGGGCAUCACUUUUACAAACGCUUAUAAGCAUAAAAACUUAACAGAAGAAGAUAUCGAAAAUCGUCUUCAAAUGGCUAUUAAACUAUUCUACAAAUUAAUAGAAAGCAUUUUAUCCAAUGAGCAAACAAUCCAAGGAAAUUUAUCGGCCAUAGUUGUAAAUGAAGGUUUCUACAAGCUAACUUUUGCGUGCUCUCUGGAAAUUGUGACGUUUGUCCACGACAACCAGCAGAAUUUUAAUAGGGAAUUUCCGUGGAUGUUGACGAUCUUCGACAUCAAACCCUAUCAUUUUCUGAAAGUCAUCGAGCUGAUUGUCAGGACGAAAGAGUUGUCGCCCAGAGACAUAAUAAAACAUCUAAGCAAGGCGGAGGAAACGAUUUUGGAAAGUUUGGCGUGGAGUUCCGAAAGUGUGCUGUGGGAUUUUAUCGGUGUUGCCGGUGCAAUACCGAGAUUUGUAGAAACCGCCAGGCCUGAUCAGAUUUCCAAUGAGACUACACACCAUACUGGAGCUGUCCAUUCAGCUUCAGAAGAGUUUCAGUCGCCCAUUUCAAAUCAUGUAAGCAGACAACUUUUCCCAACUGUUUCAGCUGGCCAAUCCGUUUUGAAUAAACACACCACACAUUUGAUUUUUACUGAUAGCAAUGGUCAAAACCGGUUAAUACCUUUGAUAGAACAAGAUCAUAGCGAGCAACAAGUUGUGGCUCCAGAAGAAAAGGCAAAAACCCCAGAGGUUUAUCCUCCCAGAAAAACAGGAAGCUUGGCUAUUUUUUUUAGAAAGUUCUAUUAUUUAGUUGGCGAAAGACUUCACCACCUGUGCAUACACCUGGACAAGCUCGAUCUGAAACCAAAAAUCUGGACGAUAUUCGAGGAUUCCAUCAUUAAACACACUUAUCUGAUGAAGAACCGCCAUCUUGAUCAGCUGCUCAUGUGCGCCGUCUACGUCAUCGCCAAGGUCAGCCAGGACAGCAUCAAGUUCACCGAAGUGAUGAAGUGCUAUCGCGGCCAGCCGCAAGCAACCAGCGACAUCUACCGGAACGUACUGUUGGGAACCACCACGAGACAAAAUGAAGACGGCACUGUUGAAGAAAAAGAACAACGCGGUGACCUGAUCAGUUUCUACAACAGCACCUACGUGAACGAGAUGAAGGAGGAGGCGCAAAAAUUCGCGCCCCUUAACAGAAAAUUAAACAUUCACAUGAGCCCUCUGCCGGCAGUCAAGAGAAACGUUUUCACGUCGAAGGUGCAGGUGGUCGGAAACGUGUUUGUGAAGCCGUUCGAGAGUCCGAACGCAGGAAGAAGUCGCGAAAGCGGCUUCAAUCACUACUACUUUAACAGGAGUCCUUCCAAGGAACUACAAAACAUUAAUCGUGCAAUAAAUGGAGUGAUAGCGGGCAAGCGUUUGCUGAGUGGAGACGAUGGCGAGUUACCUGCAACAAAAAAAACCAGCUCUUACAGGAAAAUUCAGUCCUUGGUUGAAGAGCGAAAGAGCCAAAAUUUACAAUAAAUGUUUAUACACCCUAUUAUAUACAGAAUUAAUCUAAGUUAUUUAAAAUUUAAAUUUAUAUAAUACUAACCAAACACUAAAGGAUCUCUGGCUUCUUCAAAACACACACAGUUAGAUUUUGUUUUUUAAUUUUGUUUGAUUUUUUUCUGCUAUGAUGUAGUCUAAUUAUUAUUUAUUGAAGAUUUAAAUAAGAAUGUGAUUUUAUAUUUUUUUGAUUGUCUUAAUAAAAGUAACAUUUUACUUUAUAUGAUUUCUUUAUUUGUUGUUGCUUAUCAUUGGAUAAAUUUGAAUCAAUCAUCAAUCUUUAUUAGUAGAAUUUCCAU